AUGGAAACAGAAGCUUAUUCUUGGCUAACUAGCGCUACAGAAGCUCUUGGGUUGGAGGGACUCCCCCGGGCUCCUUACCUCAAACCAAAGGAUCCCCCGUCGCAACGGCCCCGAGUUGCGGCAUAUUGGCGAACUGUUGUUGUUCUAGCACUGCUUGCCUCGAGUGCCCUCAUAUAUCUCGUGCUGAAAUGCUCCUUCCGUCUCUCCGAAUUUUCCUCCAGGUCGCGUCGUCGCCUCGCGGAGCGCCCGCGGGACGGUGAGCGCAGAGAAAGGGCCCCGCAGACCCCCAGCGAUGAAGAAUACUGCAAUCGCGCAACAGACGCGGAUCCUGAUCGCUCUUCCAGGGAGUGGACCCUUUGGAUAGGUACAGAACCAGCAUCUUGGCUUCAAGACUUAGGUUCACUGUCCAGAUAUUUCUUGCGAAGGAGCUUUGGCAGCACCAGCGGAACGCAGUAUCUCGAAGGGCCUGCACCCGCAACUUCUUCGGAAGCAGGAGAAGCAGCAGCUGCUGCCGCCAGUACCUCCAGCGGCUUCCCCAGCAGCUCACGACGCCCUGAAACUCCUGGAUCAGAUGUUUUAUCAGAAGGAGCGUGGACUCCAGGUGCUACGAAUGCCACAGGGAAAAAGCAGAGCCCGCAGCAAGCCCGGACAACUUCUGCCGCAGCUCUUUUGGGGGCAGCUGCGGAAGAGGAACCAACAAGACCACGUGCCGCUCCCAGAAAUGCCCCCAACAUUGAGGGAUAUGAUUCGUUGCCGCCCGCUUCAAGUUCUGCUCGAGAAGGUACAUCAGAAGGAACUGAUUCCGUAGAGACAGGAAGAGAUGAUGCGGGUGACAGCUACCCCAACCUGUUUGGUGCUCUCCCACUGACUGAUGACGGAUUUUCUUUCAGCCAAGGAGCAGCAGCACAAGGAGUUACACCCGGAUACGAAUACGGCGGUGAUUGGCGUGAUAUGUACUUGGCUUCUGAUAUCUACACCCCGGAUGAUUUUGACAAUAUCAGCGGCAUUUACAACAAUGAUAGACUUUUCCGGGCAAGUGUCCAUUCAGAAGACCAAGUGGAAACGGAACCAGAACCAGAACCUCGCUAUUACGAGGAAGACGAUUAUGGAACCCAAGACGUGGCUUUUCUGGCAAGUUUCAGAUCUGCCCAGGAGCUAACUCAAUUAGUUAGGGCUUCAGAUCGCGGUGCAUUCUCUGCCGACGUGGGUGGCGGUCAAUCAGUACAGGCUACCUUUGAUAACAUCGCGCUUAUGAUGAUUGGGGUUCCGGAAUCGCCUCACUACAAAGAUCUGGACGACCAUUACCCUUUUCCACGUAUCGGGAAUAGAGAAGAGAACCAAGCCUUGCGGGAUGUGCUUAAGGACCUUGGACGGCUUGCGAGUAGUCUUUGUUCGCCCCAUCCGGAUCGAGUCUGCAACCGUCUCCACGCUCCAUGUCUUCUCCCAAACGGCACCACACGGGUUACGCUCAACAUUGUAGUGGAGGAGCUUGAAAUGAAAACUUCGAGCAUGUGGACCCGUCUUAAGAAGGCAUUAGCGCUUAAAAAAGGGUUUGACGGAAAUCACAGCAAACGGUUCAGACGAGAUGUCCAAAUGCUUACUGAGGAUUUAAUAACGGCGCUUUUCGCCCAACUUCAAGACUCUGGAGCUCGGAAAAGCGAAUCCCGUUUCUGUUUCGAGCUGAAAAGGCCAACGGCUUCCCGUUGCAAAGGCAAAGUUUCUGUGACAGUUUACGCCACAGACAUUUCAGAUGGCUAA